UGUGUUUUGUGUUUCAGGCGACUCAACACCUUGAACAAGUGUGCCUCUAUGAAGCUUGACGUGAACCUCCCGAAGAAGAAAAGUGAAGACUCUGAUGAAGAAGACCUGUUUGCCAUUAGUGACAAAUGGACCUUUGAGUGGAGCAGCCGUCGCUGGUCGAGGUUACAGGAUAUUGACUGUCUGCUGGGAGACCAAAGAGAGGACCAGCCCUACAGGGACGGCUUACCUCUGAGGACCACCACCAGCAGUGAGAGUGUUCUGACCGACCUCAGUGAGCCCGAGGUCUCGUCUUUGCACAGCGAGAGCAGCGGGGGCAGCGGCCACCGGGGCCUCAGCACAGAGGACUCGGACUGCUCCAACCGCACCUGCUCAGACUCUGCAGCGAUGCCGGACUCCACUGCCCUCACGAUGCCUCACAUCCCCAAAGAGAUUGCUCACUACAAGCACGGCAGGACGAGCCGCACCCGCGCCAAGGACUUCUUGAAGCGCAUGGAAACGCUUCGCUCUCGAGGAACUCUGGGGAGCGGCCGUAAGACGUUAGUCAUCAGUUCUCCAGUGGUGCAGCAGGAAGCCCAGGCACUGAAGACGCUGCACUGUGUUGAAAUCCUAAACGGAGACGGGGAUGAGACUCCAGAGCCACUGUCCAAUAAAGUCCCUCCGUCCCAGUGUAGCAGUGACGGUAGCUGCCAUUCUAGUGGCAGCGCCGUCAGCACGCCCAGCUUGAAAGAGAAUAAGCCCCAUCGGUCCGACUACAAACGUAGUGGUAUGUAUUUGGAGGAUGUAGACAUAUUUUCAGACACGCAGGUGAAUAAAGUGGCAGAAGAAAACCGCAGGAAUGAAUUUUGCUCCUAUGAAGACUUGGUAGUCCACAUUCCUAAAGACCACAAGCCAGGGACCUUCCCAAAGGCACUCUCUAUAGAAAGCCUGUCCCCAACCAUUGGGGCCUCUAUAAAUUGGCACACAGGCAGCAUGCACCUGGACUCCUCGCUCAUUUCAUCAAGGCCUGUCACCCAGUGCAGCUCCAGAGGUAGCCGCAUCAGUGUGUAUGACAAUGUUCCCGGCUCACAUCUGUACGCCAGCACUGGAGACCUGAUAGAUCUGGAGAAGGAGGACCUCUUUCCUCACCUGGACGAUAUCUUGUUGCAUGUCAAUGGUCUUCAGCAGAUAGUGGACCACUGGUCUAAGAAUGUGUUACCUGGAGGAGAAGGGAUGUUGCAAGUGGAUGGCGUGAGGGAAAGUACAGUAGGUCUCCAGUCCUCUAGUCAGAUCACACUGGACUUUGAGGGGAAUUCAGUCACUGAAAGCCAGACGACGCCAAGUGACGGGGACAGAGACCGGGUAUCGCUUGAGACGGAAUCGACGAGGCUCAGGGAACGGAGGGAUUCUGGAGUAGGUGCUUCACUCACGCGACCCAAUCGGUUGCGAUGGCCCAGCUUUCAGAUAUCUAAUCGCCUCAGUCACUCUGUGGCAUCCCUGCAGAUUACCAACCAGUCAGCGGGCCAGUUGAGCUUGUUGCAGAAGUUCUCUCUGCUGCGUCUCACUGCAAUCAUGGAGAAGUUCUCCAUGUCCAACAAACAUGGUUGGACUUGGUCUGUGCCAAAGUUUAUGAAGAGAAUGAAGGUACCAGAUUAUAAGGAUAAGAACGUGUUCGGAGUUCCUCUCAUAGUGCACGUACAGCGCUCUGGACAGCCGCUUCCCCUCGGCCUGCAGCAGGCUCUGCGGUACCUCAGAAGCCAGUGUCUCGAUCAGGUGGGUCUCUUUCGUAAAUCGGGGGUGAAGUCUCGGAUUCAGGCUCUGAGGCAGAUGAACGAGAGCUCGCCGGAUGAUGUGAACUAUGAGGAUCAGUCGGCGUAUGACGUCGCCGACAUGGUGAAGCAGUUCUUCAGGGAUUUACCUGAGCCUCUGCUCACGAGCAAGCUGGGGGAGACCUUCCUCCAUAUCUACCAAUAUGUGCCAAAGGACCAAAGGUUGCAGGCCGUCCAGGCGGCCAUCAUGCUGAUGUCGGACGAGAACCGAGAGGUCCUGCAGACGCUGCUCUGCUUCCUCAGCGACGUCACGUCCUCCGUGGAGGAGAACCAGAUGACGCCCAUGAACAUCGCCGUAUGUCUGGCGCCCUCGCUCUUCCAUCUCAACAUACUCAAGAAAGACAAUCUUUCACCCAGGGCCAUGCAGAAGAAGUACGCCACCGGCCGGCCGGAUCAGAAGGAUCUGAAUGAGAACUUAGCAGCGACACAGGGUCUCGCACAUAUGAUCGUCGAGUGCAACCGUCUCUUUGAGAUCCCCCACGAGAUGGUUACCCAGUCGCGUAAUUCGUACGUGGAGGCCGACCUGCACGCGCCGACGGUUUACGAUCUGUGCAAGCAGCUGGAGGACGACGACGGGACGUACCAGACGCACAUGGAGGGGAGGCUUCAGAACCUGCUCAAGGAGGCCCGGGAAAAGUCCAAAUACUGGGUGUCGUGCAGCAGCUCGGACAACACGGAGCUCUACUACAAGAAGGUGGGAGACGGGAAUCCUUUAAGGCGGUGGCGAGUGUCCGUGGAGGUGGAGGCGCCGCCGUCUGUCGUGCUCAACCGGGUGCUGCGAGAGCGCCACCUGUGGGACGUCGACCUGCUGCAGUGGAAAGUGUGCGAGACCCUGGACAAGCAGACCGAGGUGUUUCAGUACGUCCUCAAUCGCAUGCCGCCGCACCCCAGCAGGGACUUUGUGGUUCUGAGGUCAUGGAGGACAGACUUGCCCAAAGGUGCCUGCUCCCUGGUUUCUGUGUCCAUAGAGCAUGAGGAUUGUCCUCCCAUCGGAGGGGUACGAGCUAUCGUCCUGGAGUCCAACUACCUGCUUGAGCCUUGUGGCUCAGGGAAGUCCAGACUGACUCACAUCUGCAGAGUGGACUUAAAAGGGAGAACUCCGGACUGGUACAACAAAGCUUUUGGUCACCUUUGUGCCGCGGAAGCUGCCAGGAUCCGCAAUUCCUUCCAGCCGCUGAUCACGGACGGACCAGAGACCAAAAUCUAAUCGACUGGACCCCAGAACAAAAGCACAGUUCAUUUGAAAAACUUUUUUUUUUCUUGCACAGCGAUAAACGAGUUGUACAGUAGGUGCUGACCAUAAUUACUUAUCGGGAAAUUAAUCAUCCUGCCAAUAUUGUUAGCAUUAGGAGUUUAUUUACCUUAAUAUUGCUAAACAUGUAUAUUAUUAUUAUUAUUAUUUUUAAUAAUUAUUAUUAUCUCUGAUAAUGUUAUUGUAUUACUGUCACUAUAAUCUACAAUGUCUACGACAUUCAAGCUCUUAAACGCUUCCGGGAAGCUUUGUUAUUCAUUAAUUCAUCUGAGAUUUAAAGCUAUAAUUAUUACGUUGUACACUGAAGUGUCUGUAAAUAUAUAAUGUGUGUGUGUGUGUGUGUGUUAAAUAAUGCUGUACAUGCAAACAAGAUGUAUCUAUUGUAUAUAUGUGAUGGGAUAUAAAAAAGUACCUUUUGUUAAUUUCCUAUAUAUUGAUAUUGAUUAAUUCAUGGUGCCAGCCUUCCUGUAAUUCAUAUGGUACAAAAUUGUAAACUGGUUUUACUUUGCUUCAGUAUUGCCAUCAUUAUUAUUAUUAUUAUUAUUAUUUGUGUUUUCAAUGGGUGUAAUUUUAUUGUUGAACCUCGACCUCCUACGGUUCUGAAAAGACUGACUUAAGGUGUGACUCGAUCAUACCUGCUUUAUGGUACUGUUUCUGUGCCGUGUCAAAACAAAAGACAGAAUUUUUUUAAUAAAAAAAAAAUAUGAAACAUA